UGUGUGUGUGUGUGUGUGAGUGUGUAGGUGUCAUGGACGACGUGGAUCCGUCUCCUCUGCGGCGUUUUGUUGUUGCGAAGCGUUCGAUCACCUCCAUCUUUGACCAGCUGUUGGAUUUUGUAAAGGAUGGCUCCGCCUUCGUGGACGAGGCGUGGCGGAGCGACGACCUCGCUCAGGUGGUCGUGGAGGAGCAGAGUCUGGAGCUGCAGAGCUGCUCCACCAAACUGUCCACCAUCAGGGAGGUUCUGCUCCGGAGACACAUGAAGGUGGCGUUCUUCGGCAGGACGAGUAACGGGAAGAGCACCGUGAUCAACGCCAUGCUCCGGGACCGAGUGCUGCCCAGCGGCAUCGGUCACACCACCAACUGCUUCCUGAGCGUGGAGGGAACCGACGGAGACGAGGCCUUCCUCACCACCGAGGCGUCCGCCGAGAGGAGCAGCGUCGCUACGGUGAACCAGCUGGCUCAUGCGCUCCACAUGGAUCCAACCCUGGACUCUGGAAGUCUGGUCAAAGUGUUCUGGCCGAAAAGUCGCUGCGCUCUGCUGAGAGACGACCUGGUGCUCAUGGACAGCCCGGGGACAGACGUCACGCUGGAGCUCGACACCUGGAUCGAUAAGUUCUGUCUGGACGCAGACGUCUUUGUUCUGGUGGGAAACGCCGAGUCGACGCUGAUGAACACGGAAAAACUUUUCUUCCACAAAGUCAGCGAGAGAAUCUCCAAACCGAACAUCUUCAUCCUCCACAACCGCUGGGACGCUUCAGUGAUGGAGCCGGAGUACAUCGAAGAGGUGAGGAAGCAGCACCUGGACCGCUGCAUCACGUUCCUCGCCGAGGAGCUGAAGGUGGUCGGGCUGGACGAGGCUGCAGGGAGGAUCUUCUUCGUCUCCGCCAAAGAGGUCCUGAGCUCCAGGAUGCAGCAGGCGCAGGGCAUGCCUGAGACAGGUGGCGCUCUGGCCGAAGGCUUCCACGAGAGGCUGAGAGAGUUUCAGAGGUUUGAGAGAACAUUCGAGGAGUUCAUCUCUCAGUCGGCGGUGAAGACCAAGUUUGAGCAGCACACGGUCAGAGCCUGGCAGAUCACUGAGGCCGUCAGAGCCGUGAUGGACGCCAUCAACAUUGCCUCCGCCGACAGGAAGAUCUGCUGCCUGGAGGACCGGGAGGAGCAGAGGGAUCGGCUGGACUUUGUUCGAGGACAGAUUAACCGUCUGAGCGACAGCGUCAAGGAGAAGAUCAAGACUCUGACUGAGGAAGUCGCUGCCAAGGUUGCGGUGGCGCUCUCAGAUCAGAUCCGGUCUCUUCCAGUUCUGGUGGAGGAGUUCAGAGCCGACUUCAACCCAACUCAAGAAAAUCUGGAGCUCUACAAAACUAAGCUGCAGCAGCACGUGGAGGAGCGUCUGGUCGGCUGUCUGGCUCAUCGCUGUUCGGUCGGAGCCCUCGGCGAUGUCAGAGACGCCCAGAGACACAUGAUCGACAGCGUCCGUCCUCUGCUGUCCACCUCCGUCCAGGAGCAGCUCUCCUCUCCGUCCUCCUCCUUCCAGCUGACCUAUGACCUCGGCCUGGCCGCUCUCUGUGCAGACUUCAGGGAGAACAUCGACUUCCAGUUUUCUCUUGGUUGGACGGCCCUCGUCACCCGUUUCAUUGGAGUCGCCAACGCCAAGCGAGCGUUGAGCGGCGCAGAUGGCCGACUGCAGCAGGAACGCUCCACCUUUAAGGAUGAGAUGGUGGUUUCCAUAGCAACCCGUCUGGUCUCCGUCACCUCCCGGGCGUCCAUGACGGUGCUGGUGAUUGGUGGAGUGGUGUGGCGUUCGGUGGGCUGGCGUUUCAUCGCGCUCUCCCUCUCUCUGUACGGUGUCCUCUACCUGUACGAGAGACUCACCUGGACCGACGCCAGCAGGGAGCGCGCUCUGAAGCGGCAGUUUGUGGAGCACGCCACCCGCCGCCUCAGAACCGUCGUCCCCGUCACGAGCUCCGCCUGCAGCCAGCAGGUGUACAAGGAGCUGUCGGCGACCUUCAGCCGUCUGACUCAGAGAGUGGACCUGAGCGAAGCCGAGUUGGAGGGAACCAUCCGUCAGCUGAGCUUCAGGAUCCAGAGACUGGAGAACGUCCAGAGAAGGUCCAAGGCCUUCAGGAACCGAGCGACGGAGCUGGAGACUCAGCUGGAGGCCUUUUCUGUUCAGUACCUGCAGGGGAACUGAGGAAGACCAAGAGCUGCUGAGAGUCUGACUGAAAUCUGAUCAAACCGUUCGAUCGGGAUGGAAAUCAGUCCAAC